UAGUGGCGUGCUGGGGGUUGGUCUGAGCUCUGUUUCUGCUGCCUGUUUAUUUGCUGAGGGCUGUGAUGGUUCCUAGCUGUGCUCACGGAUGUGGGGACUGCUGCAAGAGCAGCACAGCUCAGGUGCACACGAGCACGAGGAACUUUUCUGGCUUGAUGGGAUUUGCUGCUCCAAAUGCAGCCUUGGUUGUUCCUUACCCACGGAAUCUCUUAUUGGGAUUGCUGAGAAGAGCAUCACAAGUUAAAAUAAUUGUAAAGGAAAGAAAAGCUACAGUCCAGUGCUGGUUGGUUUUGUCCUCCAAGAGUUGUUUCUCCUUCCUUGCAAAAAGUCAACUGGAGCUCUCCCAGACUGAGGAGGUUUCUCUGGGGUGGUUGAGGAGCUGGAGGCAGCCAACCUUGGCCAAAGGCAGUGAUUAUCACCCGAGGGUGAGGUGGGGCAGCGUCCUCCAGCUGAAACAUCCUCAUGCCAUGCCCGAGGGGAGCCCCUGACCUGUCCCAAAUCCCUCUGACCCAGCGGGACUGGAACCCAAACGCAGCCCUGCGACGCCGAGCUGCGCAUUAACUCCGCCGGAGCUGGGAACAAAGGUUUGGGGGCUGGAUUGGGCUUUUUAAAAUUUAUUUGCAAAGCAAACCAGCUCAGCUGAGCGGAACAGGCGUCGGUGGAGCAGCGUGAGCUGCCGGGUGGUUGCUGGGCUAUAAAAUCCCAUCCCCACCAGCGCUGGCAGGGGGAUGUGCCGGCUCCCCGAGCUCUCGGAGCGUUUCCACGUUGGCCAGGAGAGGUUCUGAACAUGCGUGUUGGUCUCUGGAGGCUUUAAUCAAAUCCAGGCUUUACCAGAAAUCGCCUCGAAACUUCCAGCGAGCUGAGGAAACUGAAAGCAGCCGGAGCAGGGAGGCUCCCGGGGCUGGCAGGGAUGUUGCCUUCAGCAAGGGGAUAGUCCCGGUGAGGCAGCCGGGAUGAGAGCCUACCCAUGAGCUCAGACUUCCAGCAUUACAGUUUCAGGAUGCCGAACAUCGGGUUCCAGAACCUUCCUCUCAACAUAUACAUCGUGGUUUUCGGCACAGCCAUCUUCGUCUUCAUCCUCAGCUUGCUCUUCUGUUGCUACUUGAUCAGGCUCAGGCAUCAGGCACACAAAGAGCUUUACGCCUACAAACAGGUCAUACUCAAGGAGAAGGUGAAGGAGCUGAACCUCCAUGAGAUCUGUGCCGUGUGCCUGGAGGAGUUCAAGCCCAAGGACGAGCUGGGGAUCUGUCCCUGCAAACAUGCCUUCCACAGGAAGUGCCUCAUCAAGUGGCUGGAGGUGCGCAAGGUGUGUCCCCUGUGUAACAUGCCGGUGCUGCAGCUGGCGCAGCUGCACGGCAAGCCGGACCCGGGCCCGCCGCAGGGGCCGCUGCCCGGCUCCCAGAACAUCGUAUAGUCCCUGCCGGGCCCGGCCCGCGGCGCUCGGACACAACCAAAGCACUUGGGCCGCAGCUGAGCAGCCCCGAAUCCCGCCGGGAUGAAGCCCGGGCUCGGAUCCUCCGCCAGGGCCACCAGGGGACUCGGCAUCCUGGGCACGCCAUCCUUCUUCCAGCACCUCCCUUCCCCAGCCCCGCGGCCGCCGGGGAGCGGCGCGGCGGCACCCAGCGACCUCCGGGAGCAGCGCCGCGGGCCCGGGCAUCGCGGCCGCUUCCCGCUCCCUCCUCUUCGCCUUCGGUUCCUUUGCCUUCGCGGUUCCCGGCAGGAAAUGCGGUCUCGCCCCUGGAGUCGCGCUGCGGGUCAGUGUCCCCUCGGCACCCGGUGUCAGCCCCGGGGGUGGCUGUGAGGGGUGUCCCGGGUUUGGAUUCCUCCUCUCCCUCUCGAGGGUGGCUGUCCCUCCUCCUCGGCUACCUCAGGGGCCUGGAGCUCCUGUGAGGGGCACCGUGCUGGCCUCAGCAGCAGCAGGAGAGCCACGGCGCGGGGGGCAGGCAGAAAUCCCGGCCUUUGGGACGGUCCCGUCGCUUCCAGCCUGGCCCCGGGGCUCUGCGGGCAGCGGUUCCCCUUGCCAAAGCACCCAACCCCCUGUCCUCUCCGACCACGGGUCUUGGGUGUCCCCUGCCAUCAUCACCAGGCGCAUUCCCGGCCUUGGGGAGGGGGUGUCAGUAUUACACGGCUUUCCCGGGCAGGGCUGGGGGGGCUCCUGGUGCUGUCCCCCCUCCCCCCAAAAAACCCGGGACUGUUUAUGGAGCGUGGAGCCUCAUAGACGUGUUUGUACACUACAAAUUCUGCAGCAGAAUAUUUUUUAAAACAUUCGCUGGUUUUGGUUUUUGGUUUUUUGUUUUGUUUUUUUUUUCCUCUGUUUGUUUGGUUUUUUUGUAAGCUCUAUUUUUGUAUAUUUAAUUGCUAUUUGAAAAUUCUAAUAAUGCGUCUUUUUUGCUAAUCACACUCUUCUUAAGGAAAAAACAGGAAAGAAAAAAAAAACAAACAAAAACAACCAAGAGUUUGCAUGUGAUUUGACUUGAAAUGUAAAUAAAAGCAGGUUUUGGAAG